CCCCCUCCUGGCUCCUCCCGGGUUGCCAGCUCUUCCCCUCCUCCUCCUCCUCCCGCCGCCCCAGGUGGGGAAGCUGCCUUGCGCAAGGAAGCACUUCUGAGCCCGGGAGACCUGCCCUGUCUCUGGCUUUCCAGCCAUGAAGAUCGCGCCCCCCUUAGCGGGAAGGCAAGUACCCCGGUGAGGGCAGCGAGGGCUUCCAGAUUCCACCCCACCCACCUAGAAAAGGCCUCCUCUCCUGGGGGACCUGGAUUUCGAAAAGGAGGAUACGGCAGGUUUGAUGAUUAACCAGUUCUGAAAUGGCAGAAAAAGAUGGGGGCCUGAAACGACGCAACUGGAUUUCGCCUAAGGUGGUGGCUGUAGUAGCCAGUGGCUUCCUUCUCUUGGCUGCAAUCGGAAUUGGGAGCUGGGCUAUAGUGGUUUCUGUGUUCAGAAGUGAAGGUGAAAGCCUGUAUGUUGUCCAGGUGAGCUCCGGCGACCUGCGCCUCACUGUGUACGAUGAGAAUGAAGGGAGGUGGAGGCUGCUCUGUUCGUCGUCCUCCGAUGCCCAAGUGGCCACCCUCAGUUGCGAGGAGAUGGGAUUUGUCAGGUCUCUCUCCCAUUCAGUUCUGGCUGCUGACAGAGCAGGGGCCAAUGGGACGUCAGGCUACUUCUGUGUGGACGAGUCCCGCCUACCUUUUGCACGAAGGCUGAGCGAGGCCAUUGUGGUGUGCGAAUGCCCGACAGGCCGAUUCCUGGCAACGCUAUGCCAAGACUGUGGACGUAGAAAGUUGUCUGUGGACCGCAUUGUGGGAGGCCAGGACGCCAGCUUGGGCAAAUGGCCGUGGCAAGUCAGCCUGCGCUACGAUGGGACGCACCUUUGCGGUGGCUCCAUCAUCUCAAAUGAGUGGGUUAUCACGGCUGCACACUGCUUCCCAGAGAGGAAUCGAGCAGUGAGCAGGUGGCGGGUGUUUGUGGGGGCCGUUUCCCAGCUCUCCACUAAGGGGCUGCAGGUGGGUGUGACAAGCGUCGUGUACCACGGUGGGUACCAGCCCUUCCUGGAUCCCAACAGCGAGGAGAACAGCAAUGACAUAGCCCUGAUGCACUUGGCAACGCCCCUUUCCUUUAACGAAUAUAUCCAGCCCAUCUGCCUGCCAGCUUUGGGCCAGCCUUUGGUGGAUGGCAAGAUCUGUAUCGUCACCGGCUGGGGCAACACCCAGUACUAUGGGCAACAGUCUGACGUGCUGCAAGAAGCCAGCGUGCCCAUCAUCAGCACCAGUGUCUGCAACAGCCCUGACUACUAUGGCAGCCAGAUCAGGCCCAGGAUGUUCUGCGCUGGCUUUGCUGCUGGGGGAACAGAUGCCUGCCAGGGCGACAGUGGCGGCCCCUUUGUGUGUGAGGAUGGCAUCUCUCGGACUUCCCGCUGGAGGCUCUGUGGAAUUGUGAGCUGGGGUACUGGCUGCGCCCUGGCCCAUAAACCCGGGGUCUACACAAAGGUCAACGAUUUUCAAGGGUGGAUCUAUCGUGCCAUGAAGACUCACUCCCAUGCCAGUGGAAUGGUGAUCCAGGACUGAAGCCCCGGAAGAGUGAUACUGAGUCACCUCUGCCUCGCCAACCUCCCCCCCUUCCAGUGUGAGACUGCUGCUAUAAACAAAA